UGGACAGGGCGGGGGUGACGGUGGCGGGGAAGUGGGGGAGCCACGGCCACCGGGAAAGAACGCGGCACUGUCAGCGCUCAGCACCCAUCCGGCGCCUUCCUCCUGGCACGCUGCCCCAAUCUAAAGAGAAGUCCAAGUUCUUUUUAGUUUUCUGGAAAAAGAGGCCUUUCCCGGGGGCCUAAGAACUGCCCGGGAGGACGAUGGAGUCCGGAGCUCGCCCAGUUGUUAGCAGCUGUAGCAGUCCUGCUGCACUCUCCCGGGAAUACAAACUGGUGAUGCUGGGUGCCGGCGGAGUUGGGAAGAGUGCCAUGACAAUGCAGUUCAUCAGCCACCGAUUCCCAGAAGACCAUGACCCCACCAUUGAAGAUGCUUAUAAGAUCCGGAUCCGCAUUGAUGAUGAGCCCGCCAACCUGGACAUCCUGGACACAGCAGGACAGGCAGAGUUUACAGCCAUGCGGGAUCAGUAUAUGAGGGCAGGAGAAGGAUUUAUCAUCUGUUACUCCAUCACGGAUCGUCGAAGUUUCCACGAAGUUCGGGAGUUUAAACAGCUGAUUUACCGGGUCCGACGCACUGAUGAUACACCGGUGGUUCUUGUGGGAAACAAAUCUGAUCUAAAGCAGCUGAGGCAGGUCUCCAAGGAGGAGGGAUUGUCUCUGGCUCGAGAAUUCAGUUGUCCCUUUUUUGAGACCUCGGCUGCCUACCGUUACUACAUCGAUGACGUUUUCCAUGCCCUCGUACGGGAGAUCCGUAAGAAAGAGAAGGAGUUAGUACUGGCCAUGGAGAAAAAGGCUAAACCCAAAAGCAGCGUAUGGAAGAGACUGAAGUCACCGUUCAGGAGGAAGAAAGACUCAGUCACCUGAAGGAAGCGGGCUGUGCCUGCUGUGAACUGCAGUGCUCCUCCAUGCAGUCCAGUAAUCUGCAGCAGUGAGCACGCUGUCUGCUCUCUGCUAUGUGGUUAUUCUAAACGUCACUGGCAGGGGACUCGCCUACUGGGAGCUGUCAUUGACUUACUGUCUAAAGCCCUGUGCUCAGUGACUCCCACACAUGAACUCCUCAGGGCCGUGUCUAUUCCUUAAUUGUCACAUUAGAAUUUUGUUGGCCAUUGUUUUGGUUAUGUUGCUGAUGUAAAUUUAUUCCUGUAAAUGGUUUCUACCCAGGAGAGUAUGUGUACCGUGCGCACUUGACUAAGUUUACAACAGAACGUUGUGUUGUAUUCUCCCCACCACCCUUUAACCUGAACUUCCUGGUACCAUCUCACAGAAGGACCUCUGCGUUGUGUAGCCACACUGUGCGUCCUGGAGACAGAGCAGAGACUGAGUAGGGAAACUGGCGUGGAAGGUGAGCAGACGUCUGCGGAGUGGACUGCUGUGGUGGACUGUGGAGUGCAGAGGUUUAGGGAGAUCCUGCCAUGUGCUCACACAAGAAGACAUAGCCGGAAACAUGCAGGGUCAGACCAGUGUCCCUACAGUGAGCCCCAGAACUGCACAUUUGACCCACAGGCGCUCGGGUGGUGAAAAGGGACAGAAGUGUAUUUCUCUCUGAACGUGCUGGGGUCUUCCCUCUGUGUCUGCCUUUCUUUACCUGUGCGACCUGGUUCUGGAUCCGGGACCAUUGCUAGAUGACUUGAAUCUUACUGAAACCCUUUGUUGGGCUAGGCAUGUGGCUCACUGCUGUAAUCCUAGUAUUUCAAAGUCUGAAGCAGGAGGACUACCAUGAGUUUGAGAUUACCCUGGAUUACAGAGUGCGAGCCUGUCUCAGAAAAACAAAAGCACAAGUAAAUAAAAACAAAUUCUUUCUUAGGACCGCUACACCCCAGGCCUUCUCCACUUUUCUAUCCCCUUUGAAGAGUCAGGCGAGGCCUGAUGGCUUUUAGGCCUUUCAUCAACUAAUGUCAUUGUCCAAACAGAAGAGCCAUCAGGAGUCUGAGUAAAAUUGUGUUCCCUUG